ACAACUAUACCCACAACCUCUCCGGCGGAUUUCUCCGACGUUUCCGAUUCAAUCCGAUUUGAUGCAAUGAAUUAAAAUGGUAGACGGUGGAAAAAAGAAUGCGAACAAUCCUGACCCGAAAAGGGGUAUUUUGAGUAAUGACAAUACACAACCAGUGGACACUCAAAUUUCAUCCGAGUCAUUCCCAGGGAAGGAUCCUGAGUUGUACCGUAACCAAUGUAUGGUUCCUGCUGAUGACCGUCUUUUCUUCAAUGAUGCCUUUGAGACCCAACUUGUAAAUCUUUGUGGUGAAAACCAGUUUUUGGAUUUCGGUGGUGAAACACAAGUGGUGGAUUUCGGCGGUGAAACGCAAGUUGUGGAUUUUGGUGGUGAAACACAAGUGGUGGAUUUUUGUAGUGAAACUCAACGGGUGGAUUUAGGUGGUGAAACCCAAGUGGUGGAAGAUCAUGAUGGUCUACAAAAUGAACGCAUCCGGACUUCUGAAAACCUCAGUUCUAUUGAUCAGGUGAAGUUUACUAAAAGCAACAAUUCCAACACGGGUUAUGAGAGUUCGAUUUCACAAUCAGAUGUUCUAAGCAAUGACAAGCAUCAAUCAGGAUCUCUGCAACGAGGGUUUACUUCAAUCCGUGCUGCAUCUGUCAGGGCUUCUGGUUUGGCUGCUUAUGACAUGAGCCAUAAAGGGACAAAAGGAAGUACACGGUCUAUUAAAAAUGGCAAUCUUCUGGAGAAGGAAAGUCCUGGCCAAAAUGUGACAUCUAUGGUUGGACCUCAAUCUGAAGUCAGGAAGGAGCUUAACCCGAAUGCUU